AUGAAUGACCAGCACCGUAAAAAGACAGCUUUUGUUACCAAACAUGGGUUGUAUGAAUUCAUUAAAAUGCCAUUUGGUCUCUUCAAUUGCCCCGCAACCUUCUCAAGGGCUAUGGGUUUAGUGCUGAGGGGACUCACAUGGAAUACGGUACUGGUAUUUGUGGUAUUGGGUAAGGCAUUCGAAGAUCAUUUAAGUAACUUAGCAUGCGUUCUUGAAAGGUUUUGUCAGAGUAACUUAGAGCUUAAACCUAAAAAGUGUGUUUUCUUUCAGAAGAAGGUUGAGUUUUUGGGACGUGUCGUCAGCGACGACACGUUAUCAGUUUCCGAUACCGAUGUCCAAACCGUCCAAGAAUGGCCUACUCCAAAGAAGGUGAAAGAGCUGCAACAAUUCUUAGGAUUGACGAACUACCAUAGGGAAUUAAUCAGCAAUUUCGCUGAUAUUGCAGCACCAUUUUACCGUCUUACCUGUAAAGACAGUGACUUCGACUGGGGAGAGCAGCAGCGAGCUUUUAAACUACUCAAAGCCGCAUUAACACAACCCCCAGUACUCGCAUUACCAAACGGAGAAGAUGAAUUUAUACUAGAUGUUGAUGCAUCAGAUCAAGCUCUUGGUGGAGAACUCCUCCAAGUCCAGGAUGGUCAAGAAAAGGAUAACGGAUCCAGAGUGUAUGCUGUACAACCAGAUGCUAAAGCUACUUGCUGGGGCUACUCUUUGGAUGUAAUAAAACAGGGCCAGAAAAACGAUCCCGACCUUCCACCCAUCCUAGACUGGUUGAAGAACGGCGAGCCAUUAGAAAAGACGCUCUUUAUAUCCAGCGCUUCAACUAAAUUUCUUUUGUUGAACAAAGACCGUCUACAAUUAACCGAUGAGGAAAUCCUGUUCAUACAGCAGGAGAACGCUACUGGGCUCCUCUUAGUACUAUCCAGGGAGUGGCAGAUGGAAGCCAUACGGCUACACCAUGACCUACCGUCACCUGGGCACCAGAGAAUAGCGAGAACAAAAUUUAGAUUGAAGGAAAUGUUCUGCUGGCACGGUAUGGGUAAGGAUGUAGAAAGAUAUGUGUUAACUUGUGAAAUAUGUAAUCGUAGCAAGAAAUCCACUCGCAGGGGUAAAUAUCCGAUGACCGAGUUUCAUGCUGGGAUACCGAUGGAGCGGGUGCACAUAGAUUUCCUGGGCCCCCUACACAAAACUGAACUGGGCAACGUUUAUAUACUAAUGAUGGUUGAUAAAUUUACGAAAUGGGUUGAGAUCAGUCCCGUUCCCUCCCAAACCACCGAGGUGAAUGCGAGGGCAUUGGAGGGGGAUUUCUUCUCCCGCUUUGGGGUUCCCUUCCAGUUACACUCUGAUCAGAGGAGGAAUUUUGAAAGUGAAUUGUUUAACUCUUUAUGUCAAGUCUUACAGAUUCACAAGACCCGUACUACCAGCUAUCGGCCGUCAGCCAACGGUCAAGUAGAGCGGUUUAAUCGUACGUUGAUGGAUGCGGUAAGAUGUUAUGUUGGCAAGAGACAGAAAGACUGGGAUGUCCAUCUUCCGAAACUUGCUGGUGCAUUACGCGCCACAGUAAUUUACUCCGAACAUGCUGAUGCUAGGCCGGGAAAUUAA